GGAUGACCAAAUGCGCCAGCCCUUCCGCCGAGCCUCCGUAUACUUCAACCUGCUGCUGAUAACCGAGGCUGUGAUCGGACUUCUAAUCCUGGUGGUGACCGCCUACUACCACGCUCUUUUCACCGGCUACUUGUCGGAGAUCGAGUGCCGCCUGAUCCACGGCUAUCUGUUCGGGAUCUACGUGUUCGGAGCCCAGCUGGUGGUGACCUUCCUCUGCAGCAUUGCCAUGUGGCGGCGAAUUUGGAGGCGGCGUUGCACGCCCAACAUCCGCCUCCUGCUGUCGAUGUGGGCCUUCUACUCCUGCGUAAUUAUUGCCUCUGGUUUCGGGUGCGUUUGGAAUCUUUACCGGGGCGUCGAUGUCCUGGAGAACGCGGCGGAUACCUCGCUUACCCGGGGCAUCGACAUGUACUACUCGUGCCCGGAGUGGAAGCUCCUGUGGGACGGCCUGCAGUGGCACAAGGAGUGCUGUGGGGUGCACGGCUACAAGGACUGGAUGAGUGCGGACUGGAUGCCGCGGCUAGAGGACAACUGUUCGUCUAUGGUCCUGGCACCCUAUGCCUGCUGCAAGCGGUCCUGCGAGAGUUGCUUCAACAAUCUGCUGUCCGGUGAGGGGCAGCCCAUGGGGGGCAGCAGUCGGCAGCCUUUUCCCGCGCUCACAGUGGACUCCAUCAAUGCGAAUGGUUGUCUGCCGGGGUUCGUCGGUGCGGUGUGGAACUUCUUUUACAUCCUGCUGGCACUGUGGGUUCUGGCACUUAAGUUCCUGAUCGUACUUUGUUGUUUGACAAAGUUCAUACUUCACCGGCAGAAUGAGGGCGAUGGCUGCGAUAAUGUGGGCCUCACGGACGAGGAUGGACAUCCGCUGGUCGUAGUGAAAUAUCCCUGUAAUGUGCGUUGUGUGACCAUUGGAGAGGAUGAUUUGGUUUCCGACAACGUUCCCGAUGCUAACUACUGCAACUGCACCGAAAUGGAUGACGAACAAUGUGGAUACUAGGCUGUUCUUUUGUUUCGUAUUUAUUUUUAUACUUUAUAUUAAUUCAAUUUAAUAUACACAUUUCGAUUUUCUCUGUUCA